GUACGAAAUAAGUAAUUUGAAUGCUCAAAGAGACUGCAUGCACCUCUUUCGAUUAAAUUUAUGCAUCAUACGAAAAAGAAAAAGUCACUGCUUUGUAUUUUGCAAGACUGGAGCUUUACUUGAUUUUCGAAGGCCGUGCACCAAGAGCUGCUGUUUCAAAACGAGAUUUUCUAUCUUUAGCUUAGGCCCACUUCGAAAUCAGUAUGGCUGCCUUUUCAAACAUAGAUGAAGUCAAUGAACACGUGGAAAGCCUUGUGACAUGCUUGAAAAGAGGAGAGAUAAACGGUAGCUACAAUGUCGCUAUGAAAACUGUUUUAGUUUUAAGAAAAGCAGUAGGGCAACUGAGAUGGGGAAAUGCAAAAGAAUUGAUGGAGUUUGUGAGACUUGCGGGACAAAAACUGGUUGAGGCACAGCCUUCAGAGGCAGCGGUUGGAAACAUGGUGCGGAGAAUAUUGAAAAUAAUCAAAGAAGAAUAUGCCACUGCGAUUGGAAAAACUGAAGAUGGAACAAGUGGAUCUUUGCAGGGAUUCCUACUAUCAGAAAAGAAGAGUGGAGAUUUCACUGGUUCAGUUCCUUUACUAAAGUCAAUUAUAGUGGAUGCCAUUAAUGAGUUGAUUAGUGAGUUGGAAACAAGCAUAGAUAACAUUGCAGCGCAAGCCUUGGAGCAUAUUCAUUCAAAUGAAGUUAUAAUGACAAUGGGAGCUUCAAGAACUGUCGAAAAGUUCUUGAAGAAUGCAGCAAGGAAGCGAAAGUUCAGCGUUAUAGUAGCUGAAUGUGCACCUUACUACCAUGGCCAAAAUCUUGCCAAACGUUUAGCUGAGACUGGUGUUGAAACUACCUUAAUAGCUGAUGCUGCCAUCUUUGCAAUAAUGGCUCGUGUCAAUAAAGUAAUAAUUGGUGCAGAUACAGUAAUGGCAGAUGGUGGUCUCAAGGUUGUGAGUGGAUGUGGAGCAUUGGCUUUGGCUGCAAAGCAUCAUUCAGUGCCUUUGAUUGUGUGUGGUGCCCUAUUCAAGCUAUCACCUCAGUAUGUUUGCUCAUAUGAUCAAGAUAACAUUAACAAAUUUCUCUCUCCACAUGAUGUGAUGGAUUUUUCAGAGGGUCAUCUUUUGUCAAGGAUUUCAAUAACAAAUCCAGCAUUUGAUUACAUCACCCCAGAUCUGGUGAACCUGUACAUAUCUGAUGUUGGAGGGAAUGCACCAUCUUAUGUUUACAGACUGCUUAGUGAAUUGUACCAUCCAGAUGAUUAUAUCAUUUAGAAUUAAAAAAAUCAAUAGGUUAAUUCGAUUUGUGACUAGUUUUUUGGCAAAGUCAGUUGCUUCUUCCAACAUCGUGGUGGCUCAUUUGCAUAAUGGUCUAGUCCAAUCAUGUAUUUACAAAGUGCCUAGACAAGACCAAAUUUAAAGUAUUUGCUGUGAGAAGAAAUGGCCCCUUGUAUUGCAUUUAAAGGUAAAGAAUAUACCAACGAAAGAUAAAACACAAGGGAAAAACCUUUCACUGAGAUCUGCCUCUUCAAA